AUGCAUAACAGGAUGCAAGGGGAGCAACAGCAGCGGAUUGAGCUCGUCCUGCCGCCGGGCUUCCGCUUCUUCCCGACGGACGAGGAGCUCAUCACCUGCUACCUCGCCAGGAAGGCCAUGGACGACAGCUUCACCACGCCAGCCAUCCGCGACGUGGACCUCUACAAGACAGAGCCAUGGGACCUGCCAUGCGAGCAGCAGGCGGCGGCGGCCGGAGGAGACCUGCAGGAGGGCUACUUCUUCUGCACGAGGGGCAGCAAGUCCCCGUCCGGCGUUCGCGCCCGCCGCGCGACACAGCUGGGCUACUGGAAGUCCACGGGGAAGGACAAGCCCGUGCACAGCAGGUCCGGCCGCCUCGUCGUCGGGACGAGGAAGACGCUAGUGUUCUACCGCGGCAGGGCCCCGAGAGGGGAGAAGACCGACUGGGUCAUGCACGAGUACGCCAUUGGCGAGAGGAGGAGCAGCGCCGUCCUCAGAGGAACACAGAGUGAGUGGGUCAUUUGCAGGGUGUUCACGAGGAAGCAGCAUCCGAAGAUCAGCGACGACAGGAAGCUGGAAACGGAGGACGCUGUCGUGCAUGACCACCCAUCUCCUGGUUAUCAUCCCCUUGCCAUGGAUCAGGCAGACGACGGUUUUGACAGCGAGCAGGAGGCGGCGCCACCGGUGGUCGUCGCCGAAACCCAGCAUACAGCAGGAAGCCACCUCGGUGCCCAACAAGCCAUGGAGGGCGAUCAUCAGCAGCAGCACCGCCGUCAAAUGGCCCAUGAGGAGCUACUGACGAUGCACCAACAUGGUUCCAGUUGGCUCAGCCAGCAUGACGACCAGCUGGGACUGGGAGCGCAUUGCUCCGCGUUGCUGCCAAUCAUGCAGAUGCAGUCCGGCGACGAUGCAGAUUAUUAUCUACCAGAGUUGCUGGACAUCGGUGGUGAGGAGGACUGCCGUCGCCGUGCUGAGACUGAGUUCACCUGCGUUAUUGGCUCCUCUAACGACCUCGACGGGCUCUACUGGGACAGUAGCUUCUGA